UCACCAGUCACCACCUCGUGCGUGCCAGCGCCGCCGCUCAACGCACUACGCGCCGGAGCUCAGACCGGCUCUCCCAAGCGAGAGAGUCCCCAGUGCGGCCGGCAGUGCCAUCUCCUACCCUCCUCCCCCGGCGACCUAACGGUGCACGGCCAUGGCGGCGCCAUCCGGCACGAUGCGCGCCGUGCAGUACGACAGAUACGGCGGAGGAGCGCAGCGCCUCAAGCACGCGGAGGUGCCGGUCCCGUCGCCGAGCAAGGGCGAGGUGCUCAUCAGGAUGGAGGCGACCAGCAUCAACCGGGUCGACUGGAAGUUCCAGAAGGGCGUCGCCCGGCCCGUCAUGCCCAGGAAGUUCCCGUUCAUCUCAGGUUUCGAUCUAGCCGGAGAAGUCGUGGAGGUGGGAGCAGGGGUGUGCGAAUUCAAACCGGGGGACAAGGUCAUAGCCAUCAACUUCCCGGGCGGCGGCGGGCUCGCCGAGUACGCCGUGGCGUCGGCCUCCCUGACGGCGCUAAGGCCGCCGGAGGUGUCCGCGGCCCAAGGCGCCUGCCUCCCGGUCGCCGCGGUCACCGCGCUCCGGGCCCUGCAGACAGCCGGCGUCAGCUUGGACCCCGACACCGCUCGUGGCGGCGACGGCACCGGCCGCAGGAUGAACGUGCUGGUCACCGGGGCGUCCGGCGGCGUCGGCCACUUCGCCGUGCAGCUGGCGAGGCUGGGCGGCCACAACGUCACGGCCACGUGCGGCGCGCGCAACCUGGGCCUCGUCAGGGAGCUUGGCGCCGACGAGGCGCUGGACUACGGGACCCCCGAGGGCGCCGCGCUGCGGAGCCCCUCCGGGAGGAGGUACGACGCGGUGGUGCACUGCGCGGCGGCGGCGGUCCCGUGGUCCGUGUUCCGGCCGGCGCUCGCCGCCGCGGGCAUGGUCGUGGACAUCACGCCCGGGCUCGUGGCCGGCGCCACCGCGAUCCUCCAGAAGCUGACCUUCUCCAAGAAGAGGCUGGUGCCGCUCUUGGUGACGCCCAGGAAGGAUGAGAUGGAGCUGCUAGUGGGCAUGGUGAAGCAGGGCAGGUUCACGGCGGUGAUCGACUCCAGGUAUCAGUUGAGCAGGGCGCAGGAGGGCUGGGCCAAGAGCUUGAGCGGGCACGCCACCGGCAAGGUCGUCGUGGAAAUGGGAGGCCCGGAGUGAGAACGGCGUGGUACAUAAUGUACGUAUGCAUUCAUAUUUCAUCAGUACUGAUGUCGACUUGUCGAGUGAUGUACACAGAAAUAGGAAUACCAUUGUCAUGGGACAAAAUGAUUAUUAGUACGCAUUUGUUUUGAGGGCAACAACCGAUUAUUUGUUUCAACGAUAAUUUCACAAACGUUAACUCCAAAA